GAAAUCAAGGAUGAAACUCCUUUUUGUAGCUGCCUUUGCACUCUUUGUGCUCUCUACAUUUGACCGGGCUGACUCUUCAGCUUAUGACAAAAUAGUUGCCCACAGUCGCAUUAGGGCAAGAAAACAAGGACCCAAUGUCUGCGCACUCCAGCAAGUCAUGGGGACCAGGAAGAAGUACUUUAGCACUUGUCGUAACUGGUACCAAGGGGCCAUCUGUGGAAAGAAAGCGACUGUGCUUUAUGAGUGCUGCCCAGGGUACAUGAAGCUGGAAGGCAUGCGUGGUUGCCCUGCAGUGGCCCCGAUUGACCAUGUGUAUGGCACCUUGGGUCUGGUGAAAGCCACCUCAACUCAAAGAUACUCUGAUAUUUCUAAACUGAGGCCCGAGAUUGAGGGAUCUGGUUCCUAUACCUUCUUCGCCCCAAGCAAUGAGGCCUGGGAGAGUCUGGAUGAGACAGUGAGGAGUGCACUGGUCAGCAAUGUCAACAUUGAACUGUAUAAUGCUCUGCAUUAUCACAUGGCCAACAAACGCCUCUUAACCAAAGAUUUAAAGAAUGGAAUGACAGUCACCUCCAUGUACAACGACCUUGGUCUCUAUAUUAACCAUUACUCCAACGGGGUGGUGACUGUGAACUGCGCCAGGAUCAUCUAUGGCAACCAGGUUGCCACCAAUGGAGUUGUGCAUGUCAUUGACCGUGUCAUCAGUGCUGUUGGAAACACCAUCCAGGAUGUCAUUGAGGUCGAUGAUGACCUGACAACUCUGAGUGAUGUGUUUCAAAAUGCUGGGCUGCUGGAGAAGCUGGGUCAGCCAGGACAUUACACUCUCUUUGCCCCCACCAAUGAAGCCUUUGAGAGUCUAGGCAGAGAUGUGUUGGAGAGACUUCAGAGCGACAAGGAGGUCCUCAAAGCUCUUCUGAAUUUCCACCUACUCAACUCAGUCCAGUGCUCUGAGGCUAUAAUAGCUGGCAGCUCUUAUGAGACCCUGGAGGGCAACAUCAUUGAGAUUGGCUGUGACGGCGAAAGUUUAACUGUCAACGGCAUCAAGAUGGUGCGCAAGAAGGACAUUGUCACCACCAAUGGUGUCAUCCACUUAAUUGACAACGUGCUCAUGCCAGACUCAGCAAAGCAAGUGAUGGAACUGGUGGGAAGUUCCCAGUCAACCUUUGGUGACAUGGUGUCCGAGCUGGGCCUUUCUGCUGACAUGAGCCCAGGGACUGAGUACACUUUGCUGGCUCCCCUCAACGCUGCUUUCAGUGAUGAAGUGAUGUCCAUGGAUCAGAGGUUGCUCAAGAUUAUCCUGGAGAACCACAUCUUGAAGAAUAAGAUUAGCCUGGGACAGUUGUACAAUGGCCAGCAGCUGGAGACCAUUGGAGGAAAACUUCUGAGGGUCUUCAUCUAUCGCACAGCUGUGUGCAUUGAGAAUUCCUGUCUGAUAAGAGGCAGUAAAGAAGGAAGCAAUGGGGCCCUUCAUCUCACGAGAACUCUAUUGAAACCAGCGGAAAAUACUAUGUUUGAGAUUCUGACAGAAGAUGGAGGGUUCAAGAUCUUUUUGUCUCUGAUGGAAGCCGCUGGCUUGACUGACCUGCUGAAACAGGAGGGAGACUUUACUCUGUUUGCCCCAAGCGAUAAGGCUUUCACUGGUCUGAGCAACACUGAUUUGGCCUUGUUGAAGAGUGACAUAAAUGCUCUAAGAACCAUCCUUCUGUAUCACAUUAAUAAUGGUAUCUUCAUCGGUGGCGGCUUGGAGGCCGGGGUAACAAACCUUCUAAAGUCUCUUCAGGGCAGUAACCUCAAAGUGAAACUUGCAAACAACACUAUGCUAGUGAAUUCUGUCCAAGUCCCUGAAUCUGACAUCAUGGCCAAAAAUGGAGUCAUUCACUUCGUCAACCAAGUCUUGUAUCCGGGAGAUAUCCCAGUUGGAAGCCAGGAUCUCCUCAUGCUACUGAAGAGGCUCAUCACCUACAUGCAAAUCAAGUACAUUUCAGGAUUCAGAUACCAGGAAAUUCCCCUUACAUUUAUGAUUCCUGAUGUGACCAAAGUCACAAGGGUCAUCCAAGGGGAGCCCACCAUCACCAAAGUUACCAGGGUCAUUGAAGGUCAACCCUCCAUUACCAAGGUCACCAGGGUCAUUGAGGGUCAACCCUCCAUCACCAAAGUCACCAGGGUUAUCUCAGGCCCUCAGUACUCAGUCAGCACUGGCACCAGCAACAUCGCCCUGGAAGGAGCUGACUUUUCAGAAAUUGCCACCAUUGAAGGAAACCCAAAUUUUGACGCUGAAAGACUUACCAGAACCAUCCAAGAAGGCCGUUCAAGAAGAACCGCCCCCCGAAGAGUUUUAGCCUGUGAAGUGACCCCCAGCGGCCAGUUCUCUUUAGCAAAAAGACUGAAAAGAGGGAGAAAACGGCUACUCUGGCUUUGUCCAAAGCUGGCAGGAGGAGGGGAAGGGAUUGAGCGUGGGCGGAUGAGGAUAUCGACGUUGUAAAGGCAGAUAGAGAAACCAAACCCAGAGGUUGAGGCUGGUGUUUCAAUACGGGGGAUACACUUAAAAUGUCAGUGAUUUCGAAUUUACUGUAAUAUAACUGGCAAAAAUAAAACAAUUCUCAUAAACGAUUCAGUGGUGCUUUAAAUGUAUAUCUAAUAUGAGUGUGCGAUGUCUGAAAGGAGUCUUUUGGUUCAGUUUAUGUCAACGGUGUUCGAAUGAACAUUUUGGCAUGACUUUAAAGACACAGAGCAAGUCAUGGUAGCAGUAAAAGGUUUUCAAUCCAAGCCAUUAGGCCAAUAAAAACAUUUAAAUUCGAAACUUCUCUAUUACUUUGCUAGAGGUGAAAGUUAAAGCAAGGAGAUUUUACUAGCUGUUCGGAAAGAUUUAUAAAUCUCAGCAUGAUAAAGAAAGAAAAAUCAUGUGUUUUCAGACUUUAAUUUGAUACAUUAUUGUAAUUUCUCUGGCUGUAAGUUGUUUAAGGUUUCAUGUA